ACUUUAUUUAGGAAGGAGGAACUCAUGGAAUCACAAAAUUUUGAGUAUGGUCAAAUGUCUCCUGCAACGAUUACUCCGGCAGACACGACGAGCAAUCCUCCCAUAAACGGUUUAAGCAUAACAAGUACAACGCAACAAAGUAACAGCACCGUCGCAUUAGACUCUCUGUCGAACCCCCAGACUCAGGUAUUAUUGAUGGAGAACUCACCUAAUCCGGUGGUGGUGCUGAACACCACCGCAUCACUUUCACAGUCUUCACCGGUUUCAACCAGGGCGACCGACGUGACACCCACUCAGGAGAUAGCUAUGUUAGUUAACCAAGAACAAUUACCAAUGUUAGUCAUAAAUCCUGUUUCUACGAACCCUGCAGAACCCUCAAAUUCUCCUCCAGUAUCAAUAGGGAGCGUGUCACCUGGCGUGAUGUUAUCAACUCCGCAAGAACCACAGACUGCCGUUGGCACCACUACAAUGUACAACCAACUGAUGGACCAUCGCAUGGAAAGCGUCGAGAGGCAAAAUGAAAUGGUUACUCCCUCCCCUAUAAUAGAUAUAAAUGGCCAUCAACAUACGAUAGAUCAAGUCACUCCUCUGAAUGCCGAGGUUCAAGCUCAUGUGCACGCUCAAUUACAAGCUCGAAUGCACGCUCAUGUUCAAGCCGCUCAAGCUGCUCAAGCUGCUGUCGUGGUUGCCGUGGUCAACGCUGCACAGCAUGCUCAGGUUGCUCAGGUGGAUGCUCAGGUUCAAGCGCAAGUUCAGGCACAAGUUCAAGCGCAAGUUCAAGCUGCUCAG